AUGUCUCGGUGUUCGUCAUCUGCGUGGGCGCUCGUAGCGCUCGUGUUCUCGCUGGUGACGUUGACACGCGCCGUACCGUCGGUACCGUCGUCCUCGAGCGCGACGGCGACGGCGUACUCGCGAACGACGUUGAGUUUCCCUGGGACGGCUGACGGUUCGGGGGACGCGCUGGAGACGAUAAUAGUAGGAUCGACAGAUCCGGAUUACGGGACGUUGUACACCGAUGAAGGGCUGACAACGACGGUGUCGACACUGGGAGUGACGACCGCGUGCGCGAACGCGGGGAAUGUCACAGGUCGAAGGUUGACUUCGCAGACGGCGUAUUACGUAGCGCCGAACGCGACGGCGACGUGCGAUACGACGGAGACACGAAGAACGAUCGUAACCUCGUUGACGUAUCGGUUGAUCGAUGGUGCUGGGAACUGCAGCGACGAAAGCUCCAUCAAUAUAACCGUGAAGGUGUUCGAUGCGAGCUUGUCGAGAUUCGUGCGAGCGUGUAAAGCGAUGUGGGUGACGCGCAGCGAGGACAUGAAUACCAUAGACGCCGUAGAUUGGUGGAACCCGAAUUUAACGCUGCCUCUCACCGGUACGGACGCGGAGAAUAACGGGCAGUUUAUGAAACAGGCAAAUUCGAGCUCAGUCGUGUACGGCUGGGGCGAUAACGGAAUGAAACAGCUCUCGUUGGGAGACGACAUUUCGAGGACGUUUCCCGAAACGAACACAAAUUUUGCUCAAGUGAAACAGUUCACCUAUAUCGCGGCAACAUUGUCUGGUGAAACGGUUUUUGGCAUUGAACACGAGUCCGGAUAUGUAUGGGGAUGGGGAUACGACGCUCGUAGGGUAUUAGGACUCGAAACGGUAACUCCGAGUGCAUCGACUAUCGCUGCACAACCCGUGCGCAUUGGGUCGCUCGCCCUUAUCACGAAACUCGCCGCGGGAGCGUUCCACGUCGUCGCGAUGACCGAAAGUGGUAAGGUUUACACAUGGGGUGCCGAUGAUCUUGGUCAACUUGGUCGCGGUUGGAUGCCGGGGAUGCUGCAGAGCAUCAAAUCUGAGGCAUUCAAGAAGAGUAAAUCACUCCCGGCGCGAGUCGUUAACAACGGAUUCCGAGGAGUUGUGACCGUAGACAUCGCGUCAGGAGAGUUUCACACCCUUGCCUUGACGUCUAGCGGUGAUAUUUGGGCGUGGGGAAGCAAUAUUGAGGGUCAAUUAGGUCUCAAGCCGUGUGAAAUUAGCAAAUAUGGAAAUGGAUUAGGCGAGUGCAGAGAAAGCGCACCAGAGAUGCCAUACACAGAUUCACCGCAGAUUGUUGCUGUUGGAGCCAACGUCAAGUUUGCAGCGAUCGCGGCUGGCGCACGCUAUUCUAUGGCCUUGACGGCGGCCGAUGAGACGGGUGCUGGUGGUGGCCGCGUGUUUGCGUGGGGUUACGGCGAAAAUGGUCAACUGGGUUUAGUGCUAGAUGGCCGAAACGUGGAACGCGCAUUAGUUCCACAGCCACUAACAACGUUAGGAGACGAAGUGAUAGUGUUUAUCGCGGCUGGUGAGUCGCACGUGGCCGCGAUUGCGUCCACUGGGGAGUUGUACACGUGGGGCUCGAAUACAUUUGGGCAGUUGGGUCAUGGUGACCGCGUGGACAGAGGUAAGCCCACGAAAGUCCAGAUUCUCUCUGAUGCGAAUAUCAAAAUACAUUCUGUGUCAUGCGGGCGCUCCCACACCGUGGCCGUGAGCGACUACGGAGAAGUUUUCACCUGGGGGUCGAAUGAGUAUGGACAGCUUGGUACAGAGCCAAGACCUGCGGAUGACACUGAGCGUAAUAUGACGUUGACUCUGAGAGGCUGGAGUCGGUCAUCGAGUGUGUCUAGUCGACGACGUUUGUUGGCGGUGUACGGGUCGUCUACUACGUCCAAGACGAUUUUCUCGGCUUUUUCUGACUUUCAAGACGCUAGCGGCCGCUCCGGUAGUUCGAACGCCGAAUUGUCUGCGCUCGUUAUGGGUGCCGCACGUCCAUUCAAAGGUGGUUACGUAUCAAAAACCGAACUAGGGCUGUACGGCGACAUAGAGUAUGUGGCCACGCCAGUCAUCGUCGCGGCGCUGCAGCAAGUGACGGCGGUGGUCGCCGCGGGAGGAUCGUCUUUCGCACUGCGACUAUCGUGUAACGUUGGGUAUGAACGGGACACUACGACUGGACGGUGCACAGCUUGUUCUGCUGGGAGUUACACGAAUGACUUCACAUCAUUUGCGUGUCAGGCGUGCCCAGUAGGUCAGUACCAAGACGGACGUGCGAGCUCAUCCUGCAAGCUUUGUGAGGCCGGGCAGUAUGCCCAGACGACCGGGAGCAGCGCUUGCUCGUUCUGUGCCGCCGGCAAGUUCGUGCCGUUCGAAGGAUCUUUCUCUUCCAUCUUUUGCGAAGACUGUCCACGGGGCACAAAGAGUGUGGCGAAUGGAAGUCAGACGUGCACACCUUGUGCGAAGGGUGAGUACCAGGAUAGCAUCGGUCAGAGCACGUGCAAAGUGUGUCCUGCUGGGACAUUUAACGAUCGCAUGGGCUCGCAGCAGGAGGCUGACUGUGUCAAGUGUCCCCCUGGGACGUUCGCUGCGAAUAAUGGAUCUGCAACGUGCACUCCAUGUCCAGCCGGAUUCGAUGCAGACGUAGCUGGAGCGUCGGCGUGUCAACAAUGUGCCCUCGGAAAGUACUCCCCUGGUGGACGACCGCAGUGCACACCGUGUCCAGCGGGUACGAGUGGUAAUGUGACUGCGGUCAUGACGUCCGUUGACGAGUGCGUGCCGUGCGCGUUGGGUUUCUACAUGAACGCACCCGGAGCGGAGGCGUGUUUGUCGUGUGAAGUUGGCACGUACAGCGACACGCAAGGUGCCACAAAAUGUACUCCUUGUCCGGUAGGGUACGAGGCAAAGAUUGACGUGCGCAAUGGGACCAGCUUAGGGCAGGCGUGUCAGGUUUGUGGGACGGGCAAGUACAAUGCAAUUGCAGGAGGCUCAUGUACGGUUUGCAACGAAGGCACGUAUCAGGAUCAGACAGGCCAGAGCGAGUGCAAGAAGUGUCCGAUUGGGAAAGAAGGAUCCAGUGCGGGCGCUCAGUCGAUCGAUGACUGCGUGAACUGUGCCGCGGGCUAUGAAUCUAAGUAUGAAGGUAUGGUGAAAUGUACUCCUUGUGCCAUGGGCUUUUAUGGCACUGGAGAUCGUGAUGACACCUCUGCGUGCCAACAAUGCCCCGCCGGUACGUACUCACAGCAAAUAAGCAGCACGACGAUUGAGGAUUGCGAAGAGUGUCCAGCGGGGUUCUUUUCGCAGGGAGAUAAACCGUGCGAACAAUGUCCUGCUGGACAGUACCAAGCGAAUACAGCGCAGUCUAGCUGUGAUUUAUGUCCGGCAGGCACGUACCUGGAAUCUACUGGCGCAAAAAGCGAAGGCGAGUGCUUGCCUUGCAAUCCAGGUACAUUUAGCGCCACAGCUGGCAGUGUUACGUGUACACAGUGUGCCGCUGGCUCGUACGCGGCGACUGAGCGCCUUGAAGCGUGUGUUCAGUGUCCUGUCGGAACAAUCUCUACAGUUGUAGGGAGCCAGACAGAGGACGAUUGCUUACCAUGCCCCGCUGGCUCAACAUCUGAUGGCGAGGGAAAGACGACGUGUACCCCGUGUGCUGCUGGUUCGUAUCGCACCGCUGAAAGUGCUGAGUGCGUUCCGUGCCCGGCGGGGACGUAUUCUAACGUCCCAGGUGCGAGUUCGGAGGCAGCGUGUCUACCGUGCCCCGCCGGCUCGUUUUCAAACCUUGUGGGGCAAACUGUAUGCACUCAGUGCGCCGCAGGGACGUAUCAGGCUGUGUUGGGUAGCACCGAGUGCGUUGGAUGUCCCGCCGGGACGUCCUCAGGUGUAGAUGGCGCGGAAACAUCGUCAACUUGUCAGCCGUGCGCCCCGGGAACAUUUUCAGAUGUAGUUGGAUCGAUCGUAUGCGACAACUGCCUCGCAGGAACGUUCAUGCCAACUGCUGGUAACAGCUCCUGUAUCAACUGUCCCGCGGGAACCUACUCUACAGUCGAAGGAAGCUCCACCGCGUCCAAUUGUUUACUAUGUACUGCGGGGCAGUACUCGCUUGAGGCUGCGACGACAUGCGCCGAUUGCGAUCCUGGGUCGUACGCGCCGAAUCCGGGCACAGCCCUUUGUGACGCCUGCCCUGCAGGGACGUACGGUGAAGAGCAGGGUGGAACGAACAUAGACGUGUGCCUGCCGUGCCCGAUCGGUCGGUAUUCGAGCAUAGAAGGGGCGCAAGAGUGUCUCCCGUGCCCCGCUGGUAAGUUCGGGAACGAGACUGGUUUGUCAGAGUGUUACUCGUGUCGUCCGGGAACGUUCUCCACGGUCACCGGCGCGGUCACCGGCGACGAAACGGUGUGCACACCGUGUGCGACCGGUACCUCGUCUUUCCUGGGUGGAAAGUCAUCGUGUACACCGUGCGACCCCGGUACCUAUGCUGACGUCACCGGUUCGAUAAACUGCACAAAGUGCGGUCCCGGCACGUACGGUAUCGCCGUCGGCGCCACAAAGCUCUCCGCGUGCAAGCGCUGUCCGCUCUACCGCUUCAACUCCACCCUGGGUUCGAGCUCCAUCGAGGAUUGCGUCUACUACCACAGCGCGACGUCUCGAUCAUCAGUCAUCGUCGCGUUCGCACUCGCCAUCGUAGCCCUAGCCAUUCUCUAG